CGGGUUAUUGUGAGAGCAGCAGCAGCAGCAGCAGCGGGUCAGACCAGCCUCCUCCUGCUACAACCUGCUGCUGAUCUACAGGGAGAACACAGCAGAUCACUGGAACAGAGAGAGGAACAGAGAAGCAGCGACACGUACUUUUUCAAUGCAGAAGCUGUUUGUUUGGAAAGGAAUGUAUCUGCCAUCUGCCUGGACAGACACCAAUGUCCAUACAGUGAGGUACCGGUAAUCUGAGGAACCAUUUCCAAAAAGGCAUCUCUAUGGUUCCUGGUGACUUUCUGGUUAUGGGGAAUGGUUCGAUCAAAGCCCCUCGACUAGAGGAGACAUGUUUGGGAUCCAGUAUUAAAGAGACUCCACUGUGGGAGUCUGCAGAGCACCUGAAGCUGAGGAUCGCCCGGCUGGAGGAGGAACUGGCCCGCCGGGACCAGGAGCUCCGUGCUCAGGAGCUACAGCUACAGACUCUGCAGAGAGAGCUGGAGGCCAAAGUAUUGCAGAUCGAUAAGCUUCAGGACGCUAUUGGGUAUAACAACCUGGGCCGCUCUCCCCCAGCCAGGCCAAGCCACAGGCUUCUCAGCGUCAUCAACCAGGGCUCCACACGCUUCCACAGGGUGGCUGUGGAGGUGCACCGCCGCCUCAAGGCCAAGGAGGGUGUGUCUGCUGAGCCCACAUCAGGACACUUCUGCAAGGAACACAGGACCCAACAUGUGUCUAUAGAGAGAACACGUAUACGCAAAGAUUCAGGCAUCAAGAAACUGAUCAAUGAGGCCAUCAUGAAUAAUGACUUUCUGAAGAAGCUGGAGCCUCAGCACACUCGAGAGAUGGUGGACUGCAUGUAUGAGAAGGUCUAUACUGCCAAUCAGCUGGUCAUCCAGGAAGGAGAGCCUGGAAACUACCUGUAUGUGCUCGCAGAGGGCUUGCUGGAGGUCAUCCAGAAUGGGAAGCUCUUGGGUCAGAUGCGGCCUGGAACAGCUUUUGGAGAGUUGGCCAUACUCUAUAACUGCAAGAGAACUGCUACUGUUAAAGCUGUGACUCAGUCCCACAUCUGGGCUCUGGACCGGCAGACGUUUCAAAGCAUCAUGAUGAGAUCCACUCAGGCCAGACACGAGGAGUACUUCAGUUUCCUGCGCAGUGUGUCUUUACUGAAAGAUCUUCCAGAAGAGAAGCUUGCCAAAAUUGUUGACUGUCUAGAAAUCGAUUAUUUUGAUAAAGGAGAGUACAUUAUUCGUGAGGGAGAGGAAGGGAACACUUUCUUCAUUAUUGCUAAAGGAGAGGUUUCCGUGACCCAGAGCACAGAGGGCUAUUCUGAACCUCUAGAGAUAAAGAUUCUGGGUGUAGGAGAUUAUUUUGGAGAAAAAGCUCUCAUAAGUGAAGAUGUACGUUCAGCCAAUAUCAUCGCAAAGGAGAACGACACGCAGUGUUUGGUAGUGGACAGAGACAACUUUAAUCAGAUGGUGGGGACGUAUGAGGAGCUGCAGGCGUACCUGCGAGAGUAUGUGGAGCAGCUCUCUAUAAACGAUGAGAGGAGGAUUGCAUUGACACAGUCACCGCUGUAUGAGCGGAGUCCACAGGCGGCAGAACUGCGCAGUCUGCAUGAAAAAGCUGCACGCUUGUCUAGCUGCUCAUUUCUGCAGCAGCUGCAAAUCAUUGCCACACUGGGCAUGGGAGGCUUCGGCCGAGUGGAGCUGGUGAAGCUUAAAAAUGAAGACACUGCUUUUGCCUUGAAGUGCAUAAAGAAGAAGCACAUUGUGGAUACUCGGCAGCAAGAACAUAUCUACUCUGAGAAGAACAUCCUACAACAGACCAACUGCAACUUCAUUGUCAGAUUGUUCCGGACGUUUCGGGAUGAAAAAUAUGUGUACAUGCUUCUUGAGGUCUGUCUUGGAGGAGAGCUGUGGAGUGUACUAAGGGACAUGAGUUUCUUUGAGGAGGCCACUGCUCGCUUCUGUAUCGGUUGUGUACUGGAGGCCUUUGAUUACCUGCAUGGGAUGGGAAUUGUUUACCGAGACUUAAAGCCAGAGAAUCUACUCCUGGAUGCAGAGGGCUAUGUGAAAAUGACAGAUUUUGGCUUUGCUAAGAGAAUUGGCUUAGGAAAGAAAACGUGGACAUUCUGUGGAACUCCAGAGUAUGUGGCUCCAGAAGUUAUCAUGAAUAAAGGCCAUGACUUUGGAGCUGACUGCUGGUCCCUAGGCAUCCUUAUUUUUGAGCUCCUCAUUGGGAGCCCUCCAUUCUCAGGCUCAGAUCCUAUCAAGAUCUACACUAUGGUGCUCCACGGCAUAGAGAAAGUGGACAUUCCCAAAAGGAUCAGUAAGCGUCCAGAGGAUCUGAUCAGGAGACUCUGCAAGCUCAAUCCUGCAGAAAGACUUGGCAAUAAGAAAAAUGGCAUCAUUGACAUCAAGAAACACAAGUGGUUUCAGGGUUUCAACUGGGAAGGACUGAGACGGAGGAAGCUGGCAUCUCCGCUGAGGAGAGAGCUGAAUGGGCCGUUGGAUCACAGUCAUUUCGACAUGUUUCCUCCUGAGCUGGAAGAACCUCCAGAUGAACUUUCUGGUUGGGAUAAAGACUUUUGAGAGGCUGCUGUUCAUUCAAAAUGGUCAGAAACUAAACAACAAUCAACAUGUAUGAAGAAAAAGAAAAAUAAGAGAUAAAAAAAUAUCUCACAUAAUCCUGGUUAAAAAAAAGAGCCAACUGAACAUAAAUAAUGGAAAUAUACAACUGCUUUAAUAUAAAGCACAUAACAUAUUUUUAAGGGCCUAAUGGAGAGGAAGGUCUGAUUCUGAGAGUUGAGAAAAAAAUGGUUAAAACAUUAAACAUAAUAAACCUCAUCUUAAACCUCAUUUAGUUCAUUACUAAGUACAGUGUCACUAAACUAACAAUAUAUUUAGUGCCAAAUGGAUUUAACUGGUGGUUUGUGUUACAUUUGAGAUACUGAAUCACACUUAUGUGUUUUUUAUUUUCUUGUUUGACUUGGAAUCCAGCUCUUCCUAAUAUGUUUGUUGCCAAUUAUCAGGAGUGCACAGCUGUUGACUCUGUUAUGUGUCAUUCAUCAAUUUCCAGAUUAGUGUCUGUCUUUGAAUAUAUUGUUUUACAGUACUAAUAAUAUCAAUAUUCAGUAUUAUACCAAAGGAAAAUCGAAUUUUCAGCAAGGAAAAUCAUUAUUUAUUACAUUCUUGUUAAGCGCUUUAGUUCAAAACAUUCCUAAAUACCUAGCAAAUGAUGUACAGUCCAGAUAACCCUGCCUUUAGCUGUCAGUACUACUAAAACAAAAAAUAUGUUUUGUUCUAACUUUUAAAAUAAGUGUUGCCCACUGAUAUGGUUAUGUACAUACCAGCUUUAUUUAUUUUUUCCCCUGACAUUAACAUGUGAUUCCAUUAUUUUUGGCAGAUAAUAAACAUUCCACUUCUUUCUAUGA